GAGACUUUUAGACUGCAACUGCAUCUCAACUCAAGAGCACUACGACCAUCUCCUGCCUAUACCUGAGGACCAAGAAUAGACGUCUGAUUGCAUUUACCUUUUAUAUUAGCCUACAUAUUAAUAGUAAUAAUUUAUUCUCUUUUAAAUAGUCAUUUGAAGUAGCCUAUACAUUCAAUGGAGUACCAAAAGGCGGCAGAAUUGAACGGUUUUAGCAAUGGCAAAAUUGUCACAGAGUAUCUCUGCCGUAAUGGCUUUAGCGAGCUGACAGUCGAUACGAAAAAAGUCGCAGUCCAGCACAAAAACGAGACAUCCCGGAAAGAGGCGGAGGAUGAGUCGCGGUUACCUGCUCUGGAGGCGGCGUACACAACCAUACUGAGAGGUCUGGGAGAGAACACUGACCGGCAGGGUCUCCUUAAAACCCCACUCCGUGCAGCUAAGGCCAUGCAGUUCCUGACCAAAGGCUACCACGAGACCAUCUAUGAUAUACUUAAUGAUGCCAUCUUUGAUGAGGACCACGAGGAGCUAGUUAUUGUGAAAGAUAUUGACAUGUUUUCACUUUGUGAACAUCAUCUAGUACCAUUUUUUGGCAAGGUUCACAUAGGAUAUCUGCCAAGUAAAAAGGUUGUUGGACUCAGUAAGCUUGCAAGGAUUGUUGAAAUCUACAGUCGCAGACUUCAAGUCCAAGAGCGCCUGACGAAGCAAAUAGCAAUGGCAAUCUCUGAGGCCUUGCAGCCUGUUGGUGUAGCAGUCGUCAUUGAGGCAGCUCACAUGUGCAUGGUCAUGCGUGGAGUGCAGAAGAUGAACAGCCGUACUGUGACCAGUACUAUGCUGGGUGUAUUCAGAGAGGACCCGAAGGCCCGAGAGGAGUUUCUCGCCCUGACAAAAAGUGCAAAGUGAUCACACUUACCUGUGCCAACCCCGUGUGUUUACAGUCAAAAAGGUCAUUGAUUAUUCUCUACGUUUGAAACCCUCCAUGGUGCUAAGAGAAUCUCACUGAGCCAAAGCGUUCGAUCUGUCCACCAGCUACCGAGACACUGCUGUAUCGCCAACAGCUGAAACUCACAGUUUUUACAAAUAUUGAAAUAUAAAAUGUGAAUAAUGAAGGAUCAGUGUUCCUAUAUGGAGUACUUCUUUUGAGAAAAAGACCUGCCAUUGAAUCAUUCACACGGCUGCCUUAAAACUGAUACAAUUAUGUACAAGUCAUUUCUAUUAUCUUACUGAUUAACAAUUACUAAAUUAACAUAUUGCCUCAGAUACUUGUCUAACCUUAUUAAUUGUAUGUCAUGUACUCUGAUUAGAUAAUAUUCAUAGAGUCAUAAGCCAACCUGAUUUAUUGUUAUAGAAGUCAAAUGUUCUAUGUAUCUGGGGAAUCAUUUGUAUGUGGUUCAAAGUAACCAAUAUUGACAUUUGAAUAUUGCCGUUUUUUACAUAAUAUAUUUGUCUGAAUUGUAUAAAACAAAACAGAUGUCAACUAUUCCAACUAAAACAUUAAAGCACCAGUAUGAAAUGCA